UGCCACUUUCCUCAUGUUUAGAUGCCAAACAGUGUAACCGAGGUGUGAAUUCAUAGACCAACUGCAUGCAAGCGAAAGGUCGAGCGCGAGCUCGAUAUCGAGAAACCCGUCACGAUCACUUUAUGCACGUAUAUUGUGCAUGUACUGUUCGUAGGUCCACGUCGAUUCAUUAGACAUUAGGCUAUUAAAGCUCCUCUAGUCUCUGUCACUAGAAAGUUGUCUCCAUAAGGACUUUGUCAACGCAUUUUCACUGCCGUUACCAGAAGACUAAUGAACAUUGUUCUUAAUCCUCCGACUAAUUCUAAAAUGGACAGAAUGGGCGAAGAAGUGGGAAAAAUAUUUGUUGGGGGUGUAAGCCGUGAAACUACAAUAGAUGCAUUCAGGGCUUAUUUUGAGUCCUUUGGUCAGAUCAAUGAUAUCGUUUUGAUGAUGGACAAGGACACCCGGAUGAACAAGGGCUAUGGCUUUGUGAAAUUCGAAGACCCGCGCUGCUCAGAAGAUGUACUGGGAAAGAAAGGCCAGCAUCAACUUGAUGGCAAGAUGCUGGACACAAAACCUUGCAAUGCUCGAGGAUCCAAACCAAGAGGAUAUGGAGGAGGAGGAGGACAAGACGAUAGUAGAACAAAGAAAGUCUUUGUCGGAGGCAUCUCACAACAAGCAUCUAAAGAUGACCUGUAUGAACUCUUCAAGCAGUUUGGAAUGGUGGAAGAUGUGCAUAUUAUGACAGAUAAUGAGACUGGAAAACACAGAGGAUUCGGCUUUGUGACGUUGGAUAGUGAAGAAGACGUAGAGAAAUUGGUCCGAAUCCAGCACCUGGAGCUGAAGGGGAAAUCGAUGGAGAUUAAGAAAGCCCAGCCAAAGAUGAACAGAGGAUUCGGAGGUCCAGGUGGUCCUAUGGGUGGUGGAGGAGGAUACCAACAAGGAGGAGGUGGUGGCUUCAACCAAGGAGGACAGCAAGGCUAUGGCGGAGGUUAUGGAGGUAGCAGCCAAUGGAACAUGGGCCAACCCAUGGGUCAGUUUGGGCAACAGCAAGGUGGAUAUCAGCAGAGGGGUGGUGCAGGAGGACAGGGGUAUGGCGCCCAGCAGCAGCAGGGGUACAACAAUGGUUACAGCAGGCAACAAGGACAGGGAGGAGCUGGGUAUGGUCAACAGGCAGGAGGUUAUGGACAGCAGCAGCAGCAUCAGCAAACACAACAGCAACAGAGUUAUGGAGGAAAGCCCAAUGCGGAAGGUGAUAAUGGAAGCAAAAGCUCUCGCAAUGGUGGACAGAGCUAUGGUAGUUAUGGAGGUUACGGACAAACACAACAGGACCCCUAUGGACAACAACAACAGCAAACACAACAAACACAGCAAUAUGGAAACCAAGGAUCAAUGGGUAGCUACGGUCAAGAAGCCUCAGGGUAUGGACCUCAACGAGUCAACUACAGCCAGCAACAACAAGGAGGUUACAGUCAAGGACAGUUUGGUAACAACAUGCCCGGCCAGAACUUCGGACCACCUCAGCAACAGCAACAACAUCCACAACCACAACCACCACAGCAACAGCAGCCACAGCAAGGGUACGGGCAACAAGUUGAAGGUGGCCCAGACAUGUACGGCAACAACAACAACAACUUUGGCAGAGGCAACUUGGGUGGAGGAAACCAGUUCCAUCCCUACAGGCGAUUCCAAGGCAAUCAGGUUCAAUAAAGGUGGCAAUGGAAAUAUUCCUGUUGAUUUGCCAUUGAACUGGAUAUGUUGUCCUGAGGGCUGUUCUCACUACUUACCUGACAGGGAUCCCAUUACUUGCAUCUAGCC